ACUACGAAGAAGAAACUUCCACGGUGUUUUCCUCGGUGGAUGGCCUGUUCUGGAACUAAACUGUGAAAGCUGCAUUGAAACGAAAUCUGUGUGGGAUAAAGUCACUGAGAUUGGGUGCUGUUGUCACUGUGACUGAGUCUUAAACAUAGUAAGAAUCUACUUUUCCUCCUUCUGACUCUCUCUGGGCAGUCCCUUACCAUGAAUGAAGUCAGUAUAGUGAGAGAGGGAUGGCUUCACAAAAGAGGUGAAUAUAUCAAAACAUGGAGGCCUAGGUAUUUUAUCCUAAAGAGCGAUGGCUCUUUCAUCGGUUACAAAGAGAAACCAGAUUUAAAUGACCAAACUUCCCCACCACUGAACAACUUCUCAGUGGCAGAAUGCCAGUUAAUGAAGACUGAAAGACCCAGACCUAAUACAUUUGUCAUCCGUUGUCUGCAGUGGACCACUGUUAUUGAACGUACUUUUCAUGUAGAAAGCAACGAAGAGAGAGAGGGGUGGAUAAGGGCAAUCCAGUAUGUAGCGAACAGUCUGAAAAUGCUGGAACAGGGGGAAGAGGAACCAAUGGAUGUUCUCAGCUCACCAAACGAAAGCAGCCUGGUGGAGAUGGAGGCAGUUAUAUCCAAGAGCCGCACCAAAGUGACAAUGACUGACUUUGAAUAUCUGAAGCUGCUUGGAAAGGGUACCUUUGGGAAGGUGAUUCUUGUCAAAGAAAAGACAACUGGAGUACAUUAUGCCAUGAAAAUACUGCGCAAAAUGGUGAUAAUAGCCAAGGAUGAAGUGGCCCACACGGUUACAGAGAGCCGAGUGUUACAGAACACCAAACAUCCUUUCCUCACGACACUGAAAUAUGCCUUCCAAACCCACGAUCGACUCUGUUUUGUAAUGGAAUAUGCUAAUGGAGGCGAGCUCUUCUUCCACCUCUCACGUGAACGAGUCUUCACAGAAGACCGGGCACGCUUCUAUGGUGCUGAGAUUGUAUCAGCACUUGAGUACCUCCAUUCACGUGACGUCGUUUACCGUGAUUUGAAGCUGGAGAAUUUGAUGCUGGACAAAGACGGACACAUUAAAAUAACUGAUUUUGGCCUUUGUAAAGAGGGCAUUACUCCAGAUGCAACAAUGAAAACCUUUUGUGGAACACCUGAAUAUCUGGCUCCUGAGGUCCUAGAAGAUAAUGACUACGGCCGCGCAGUGGACUGGUGGGGUCUCGGUGUAGUUAUGUAUGAAAUGAUGUGCGGCCGAUUGCCUUUCUAUAACCAAGACCACGAGCGCUUAUUUGAGCUCAUCCUAAUGGAGGAGAUCCGCUUUCCUCGGAACCUCUCACCUGAGGCCAAGUCCCUGCUGGCUGGCCUGCUCAAGAAGGAUCCCAAGCACAGGUUAGGAGGAGGUCCCAGUGAUGCCAAAGAAGUAAUGACUCACAAAUUUUUUAUCACCAUCAACUGGCAUGAUGUGGAACAGAGAAAGCUGACCCCCCUCUUCAAACCGCAAGUAACAUCAGAGACAGAUACCCGGUACUUUGAUGAGGAGUUCACAGCACAAACAAUCACACUCACUCCCCCAGACAAGUAUAACAGUCUGGACUGUGAGGACCCCAGCCAAGAAGCUCAUUUCCCCCAAUUCUCCUAUUCUGCUAGCAUAAGAGAGUGAUAGCAUCUCUGCCACACACACACACACACACACACACACAUGUGUAUAAACACCUUGGUUACAAUCAUACAGCCAUAAAAAUAAGUAGAGCUUUCAUUUUUAAAGAGGUGUUAGUCUUAGCACGAUUUCAGUGCCUUGCCUGGGAGCCUUAUUGUUAAAAUCUGUCUUGGUCCACAGAAAGGAAAAAGCCUAUCCACAGUGGCUAUACUGUAACAUAAGAACUUCACAUAGCCACCAGUGCAGUUUAACAACAUAAUCAAGACCAUCAGACCUAUAAAAGAUGGUGCUGCUGUUUGUACCAUUCUUUUUUUCUUUUUUUUUAUAUUCUAUGAAUAAGCCAUACAACUCCCCAUGACACUUGUAAGUCCUUUAAUUCAAUCCUGGCUGUGACCUUUGGUGAAAUAUAUGAAGAAGGGAGGAGAGCAGCAGUUAAUCUUACUAUUACACAAAAAAUCCUGCAUGUCUGUUUUUUGAACAUUUUUUUUCUUCUGUAUUAUUAGCUCAUUGAGUAUUAAGGAAUAAAUUAUAAUAUUAUACAAAUGGAA